AUGGCCGACCGCACUGCCUCGCUGCCUCGCCGCGUGUGCCUGGCCGACCGCACUGCCUCGCUGCCUCGCCGCGUGUGCCUGGCCGACCGCACUGCCUCGCUGCCUCGCCGCGUGGGCCUGGCCGACCGCACUGCCUCGCCGCCUCGCCGCGUGGGCCCGGCCGACCGCACUGCCUCGCCGCCUCGCCGCGUGGGCCCGGCCGACCGCACUGCCUCGCUGAAUCGCCGCGUGUGCCUGGCCAACCGCACUGCCUCGCCGCGUGUGCCUGGCCGACCGCACUGCCUCGCUGCCUCGCCGCGUGGGCCUGGCCGACCGCACUGCCUCGCCGCCUCGCCGCGUGGGCCCGGCCGACCGCACUGCCUCGCCGCCUCGCCGCGUGGGCCCGGCCGACCGCACUGCCUCGCCGCCUCGCCGCGUGGGCCCGGCCGACCGCACUGCCUCGCCGCCUCGCCGCGUGGGCCCGGCCGAACGCACUGCCUCGCCGCCUCGCCGCGUGGGCCCGGCCGACCGCACUGCCUCGCCGCCUCGCCGCGUGGGCCCGGCCGACCGCACUGCCUCGCUGCCUCGCCGCGUGGGCCUGGCCGACCGCACUGCCUCGCCGCCUCGCCGCGUGGGCCUGGCCGACCGCACUGCCUCGCCGCCUCGCCGCGUGGGCCUGGCCGACCGCACUGCCUCGCCGCCUCGCCGCGUGGGCCUGGCCGACCGCACUGCCUCGCCGCCACGCCGCGUGGGCCUGGCCGACCGCACUGCCUCGCCGCCUCGACGAGUGGGCGUGGCCGACCGCACUGCCUCGCCGCCUCGCCGCGUGAGCCUGGCCGACCGCACUGCCUCGCCGCCUCGCCGCGUGGGCCUGGCCGACCGCACUGCCUCGCCGCCUCGCCGCGUGGGCCUGGCCGACCGCUCUGCCUCGCCGCGUGGGCCUGGCCGACCGCACUGCCUCGCCGCCUCGCCGCGUGGGCCUGGCCGACCGCACUGCCUCGCCGCCUCGCCGCGUGGGCCUGGCCGACCGCACUGCCUCGCCGCCUCGCCGCGUGGGCCUGGCCGACCGCACUGCCUCGCCGCAUGACCGCGUGGGCCUGGCCGACCGCACUGCCUCGCCGCCUCGCCGCGUGGGCCUGGCCGACCGCACUGCCUCGCCACCUCGCCGCGUGGACCUGGCCGACCGCACUGCCUCGCCGCCUCGCCGCGGCCGAGCGCACUGCCUCGCCGCCUCGCCGCGUGGGCCUGGCCGACCGCACUGCCUCGCCGCCUCGCCGCGUGGCCGACCGCACUGCCUCGCCGCCUCGCCGCGUGGGCCCGGCCGACCGCACUGCCUCGCCGCCUCGCCGCGUGGGCCCGGCCGACCGCACUGCCUCGCCGCCUCGCCGCGUGGGCCCGGCCGACCGCACUGCCUCGCCGCCUCGCCGCGUGGGCCCGGCCGACCGCACUGCCUCGCCGCCUCGCCGCGUGGGCCUGGCCGACCGCACUGCCUCGCCGCCUCGCCGCGUGGGCCUGGCCGACCGCACUGCCUCGCCGCCUCGCCGCGUGGGCCUGGCCGACCGCACUGCCUCGCCGCCUCGCCGCGUGGGCCUGGCCGACCGCACUGCCUCGCCGCCUCGCCGCGUGGGCCUGGCCGACCGCACUGCCUCGCCGCCACGCCGCGUGGGCCUGGCCGACCGCACUGCCUCGCCGCCUCGACGAGUGGGCGUGGCCGACCGCACUGCCUCGCCGCCUCGCCGCGUGGGCCUGGCCGACCGCACUGCCUCGCCGCCUCGCCGCGUGGGCCUGGCCGACCGCACUGCCUCGCCGCCUCGCCGCGUGGGCCUGGCCGACCGCUCUGCCUCGCCGCGUGGGCCUGGCCGACCGCACUGCCUCGCCGCCUCGCCGCGUGGGCCUGGCCGACCGCACUGCCUCGCCGCCUCGCCGCGUGGGCCUGGCCGACCGCACUGCCUCGCCGCCUCGCCGCGUGGGCCUGGCCGACCGCACUGCCUCGCCGCAUGA